AAGACGGCGUUAACCGCGCGCUUUUGGGUUUACCGAUACGUGCGUUUCAUCUCCUUUUUCAUAAACACGUUCGAGGCUUGUAACUUCCGCGGAUGAAGUUCGCUCGCUUCCGCCUACUCGGGCACGUUCGGGAGCUGUAAAACUUUUCAAUGGAAAAACGAUGAGUUUCCUUCCGUUUUUAUUUACGUAUACGUAUAAAUUGCGCCACAUAAAAAUUGAUACGUUCGAUGAUAAACAGGAAGUGAUAUUGUUUUUCACGAAUCCGUAUAUUAAGAACGCGAGCAUACCGCCUACAGCUGAAUCGCAGUAUCGAUUUUCAGAUACGGUCAUGAAUACGGGAACCGCGUUCUGGAUUCUUAUCGCUUUUCAUUCGAUCUUCAAUUUCGAAUGUUGUUACAGCCACGACAGACCUAAGAUAGUUACAUACGGCGAUCCUUGCAUCGCGACACGCCAAUUACCAAUCAAGAUCGAGGGACCUAAACCACCCGUAGAGGACGAGAAGAUACCUGUGUCGUUGAAUUUUAGAGUUGUUUCGGAUAUGUAUGUACAACCACGUCGCGACGAAUACUCGAUAACGAUAGAUGUGCCUUCUACUUCUAUUAAAUCGCAAUCAGACAGUGUCAUUAUAGACGAUACAUCGCGAGGAACAUUUUACACGUACAAUACUCACGUUCCUCCUGCUGUCGAGGCACCGCCAGCCUCCAAACAUUAUAACUUCGUAAUUGACGAGACAGUUCGGAACAUUGAUAUUCCUCAAGGCAACGAGCAAUCCGAAGGAAUGUUUUAUCAACGAUUGAAGGGACUCAGAACUCGUAUCGAUACAGUGCUUGUUCCUGCUUGCGAGGUUCAGACAUCUUACGAAUGUUAAGCUACUUGAGAAAUAUGAAAUUUCUGUAAAUGUAUGAUGUAAUACAGGCUAAUAAAAUCAAUCGAACGAAUAAUAAUAUAUCGUUUCCUGCAUUCUUCAUUCAUUAUUUACGAAAACAAGUUCAAUUAUUCUCGAUUAGAUAUUCCUCUUACGUCAACGUAGUUUGUUUGCUUUAUCGAUCCAAUAAAUUCCUCGUUUGUUUGUUGUUUCGAUGCGGUCCUCAAAUUCCCGCGUUUAUAUUUACGCGUACAAACAUGUAAUCGCUAAAAGAAACGUGUCUCGCGGCGAAUCAACGUGGAUCGACACGGAUACCUUAACAUAAU